CUCGCUAUGCAGGAAAUCUCAAAGACGCAAAUGACCGACUCUGAAGUUGGCAUGAAAGACGCCUUCAGAAUCAAGCUGCAACACAUCUUCGAAACCCUUAAGUCGCCAGACCCGGAGAACCCUUUACCUUCAGUCGAGCUGGCCAGCUUUGGCAGUCUUAGCUCUGGCUUUGCCACCGCUGGCUCUGACAUGGAUCUGGCGAUAGUAACGUCAUCCGAACAAGAUCUCAGUCAGCGUUUCUCGCCGCAUGAGCAUGGUCUUCCCCGAGUCCUCGAGAAAGAAUUACUUGACAACGGCAUUGGCGCCCGUCUUCUUACCCGCACCCGCGUGCCGAUCAUCAAGAUCUGUGAACAGCCACCACCGGAGCUCCUGGACGCUCUUCGCGAAUCCCGCGACAAAUGGGACAAUCUGCCUGACGAUGAAAAAUACGCCACUUCAAAACCCUCCGCCGAUGACACGACACCUAAGAAGGAUGCUUCGGAUGCCCAAAUCUCGCCUCCUCAAUCCGAGUCACAGAUCGGUGGGGCUGAAUCUACCGCGCAAAACGGCGUCAGUCUCCAAGCAGCCAAGCAUUCGGAAAACACACAGCAACCGCACCAGCCAGUCCACGAUAAACAGGCGAAUCGUCAACGUAACGACAAGACUUGGAAACGUGAGAAGGCCAAUGGUCCUCUAGACUUCCCCAAGGAUGGAGUUGGAAUUCAGUGUGAUAUCAACUUCUUCAACCCUCUCGGCAUCCACAACACUCAGAUGUUGCGAUGCUACUCGAAGUGUGAUUCCAGAGUAAGACCCAUGGUACUAUUCAUCAAGUCGUGGGCCAAGCGCAGGAAGAUCAACUCCUCCUACUCGGGUACACUCUCGUCGUAUGGUUAUGUUUUGAUGGUCCUUCACUACCUUGUCAAUGUAGCACAGCCCCCUGUUCUGCCUAAUCUGCAACACGAAGCAGAGGCCAAUGGCACGCCUUCCACUACCAUUGAUGGUUACGAGGUUCGAUUCUUUGAUAAUGAAGACUUGAUCGAGAGCCGUGCCCGUCAAGGCGGGGUGACUCAAAACAACGAGUCACUGGGCAAGUUGCUUGUCGGCUUUUUCAAGUACUACGCUGUCAAUGCUGGAGGAUUCUUCUGGACUCGUGAUGUGCUGAGUCUCAGGUCGCAAGGCGGCAUCUUGUCAAAGGAUGAGAAGGGUUGGACGGGCGCAAAGACCGAGGUUGGUGAGAACAAGGAAGUACGCCAUCGCUAUCUUUUCGCCAUCGAAGACCCAUUCGAGACCACUCACAAUGUCGCACGUACUGUCACGCAUAACGGAAUCUGCGCUAUCAGAGACGAGUUCCGUAGAACAUGGCGCAUCAUCAGCGCUGUCGGUCGCAACAGAGAUGAACCCGAAGGUGGCCUCUUUGACGAGUUGACAGAAGCUGAA